GCAAUAAUAGCAUUUGUAUUGUGAAUAGUAAUCUUGACCAUAGUAAGAAGCAUAAGCUCAUUGUCUUCGUUGGGGUUAUUUUUAUAUACCUCCCUUGAGGUUUAAACAUUUGACACUUGAAUACAAAGUAUGAAUAUAUUAUUGAUAUCCCCCUUUCUCCCUAACAUAUACUCCGUAUCUUUGGCGGUGGGAUGGUUAUCCCUAUUGAUAAACUAAAAGAAAUAAAAACGGACACUUACACUGCAGGAAAUCUUCCACAGAUAUUGAUGUCUUUUGAUAUAAAUCAUCUCUUCCCUAAACUCUCAUAUUUCUUUCUCCUGGCCCUUCGUAUACACCAGCUCACUCGAAUUAUUCAUCCCAAACUCAUUCCAAAUGUGCUCUCUCUAAAGUUGGUCUUUGUAUAAUAUGUUGGGAGGGGAGUUCCAGCGACUUCUGGAGAUGGACGUCCAACCCAGCUUAUAUUACUUUGACAUUGAGACUGUAGUUGGAGGUGAAAUAUUUCAGCUUGGGUUAGCUAUCCCCGAGAAGUAUAGUUUGCAUAAUCUCUAGACUGACUUAAAGAUUGCAUGUAGAAUUUAUGGUAUUUAUGAAGCAAAGAAGUUACACGUUGAAGCUAUAAUUCCGUGGGAAAAUGAAACAAAGACGAUUCUGAAUGAUGAGGAUCUAUUUAAUACAUUUAAACAACUUAGAAAGAAAAUGUAUUCCUCUACAAGAUUUGUGGUUUCAACAGUUGAUGAAGAGUCCCAAAUUGAAAUACUGGUAGUUACUACACAUAAUGAGGACAACUCAGAUCUCGAUCUUAAAGACACACUAGAUGAUGAGGGUGAUAUUGAUCCAACUAGAGAAGUUGAACUCCUUCUAAAUGAGGAUGUGCACCCUCAUGUUUUUGCCGUUAGUUCAAAGGAUGAACCGGAGUUUGUCAAUGAUGAUGGCUAUGAGUACAAUCCAUCAAGCUCAGAGUUUGAUGAUCAAUACAUCGGCAGAGAAGACGAUGGGAGCCAUCUUGAUGAUUACCAGUCUGGAGAUGAUAGUGACUAUGAAUCUGAUGAUAAUACCAAAGAAGUGGAAUGUAAUCGCUAUGAGGCAGGUUCUGGUGGAUUUGAGUUUAAUGUUAUAGGUGAUAAUAUAAUAUUAAAGCCUGGGAAACUCUUUGUAAAUGUGAAUGAGUUCAGAAAAGUGUUACAGAUAUUUGCUAUUCGAAAUGGGUUUAGAUUGAAAAGACUAAAGAAUGAGAAAUCAAGAGUCACUGAAAAGUGUGCUGCUGAUGGUUGCACAUGGAGAAUUCAUGCAAGUCCGAAUUGGAACUAAAGAACUUUUCAAGUAAAGACCUAUUGCUCCGAACACACAUGUGCACGAAUUGAUGAUAAUUAUGAAGCAAACUCCACAUGGAUAGCAGCAAACUAUCUACAUCUAUUCAAGGCUAACCAUGACAUUAACAUCACUGUCAUUCCUGCAGAAUUACUGAAGACGUAUGGUGUGGAGUGCAACAAUCAACGGUUGUACAGAGCAAAAAAGAAAGCCAUGCAACUUCUUGGCCAAGAUCACAAGACAAGCUAUUCCAAACUACACAGGUACUCCGAGGCUUUGAGCAAUACCAAUCCUGGAACUACAGUUUCACUUCAGGCGGAUUGGCUAGGAGGCGUUGAAUACCCUUAUUUCAAGAGGUUUUUUGUGUGCUUGGAUGGGAAUAGAAGAGGUUUCAUUGAAGGUUGCAUACAGUUCAUUGGACUUGAUGGGUGCCACCUAAAGGGCCCUUAUAAAGGAGUCUUACUUUCAGUUGUUAGAAUUGAUGCAAACCAUGGCCUCUACCCUUUGGCAAUAGCUGUAGUCGACAAAGAAAAUAAAGAUUCAUGGAAGUUCUUUUUAGAUAAUUUGUAUGACCAAGUGUGGUUGUAAUGGCGGUGAAGGAAUUUGAUUUAUGAGUGAUAGACAAAAGGGUAUUUUAAAUGCCUUAUCUACUGUCUUCCCUAAUUCUCUUAAAAGAUAUUGUUGCAGACACAUCUAUGCAAAUUUUAAGAAGAAGUUUUCGAGUGAGCUUUUGAAGAAUACAUUUUGGAGGGCUUGUAGGAGUUUUGAUGUGACUAGAUCUAAUUCCAACAUGGAAGAACUAAAUUCGUUGUCUCCUCAAGGUCAUGAGUGGCUAAUGAACGUACCUACAGUUUGUUGGGCAAAGCAUAUGUUCUCAAAACACACAAAGUGCAAUCACGUUACUAAUAACAUGACAGAAUCUUUUAACAAUUGGAUUGGGAAUUACAGAGGUAUGCCCAUUGUUCGUAUGUAUGAAGAGAUAAGACGAAAGAUAAUGAGGCUAAUACACAAGAGAAAUAUGGUUGCCCAAGAGUGGAAAGGUGACCUACCGCCGAUUGUAAGAAAGAAGGUUAUUGAAAACCGAGCUAAUGCUAGGUCUUUGUCUGUGAUCUUUGGCCAAAACAAUACAUUUGAGGUAAUGGAAGAUAUUUCCAAGAUCAAUGUGUUGGAUUUACAGGAGAAGAAAUGUGACUGCAUGGAAUGGGAAAUAUCUGGCCUUCCUUGCAAAUAUGUUAUAUGUUGCAUUGAUGCUUAGAGACAUCAUGUGAAGACUAUGUGCACCGGCUACUGAAGAAGGAAUCUUUCUUGGCAACUUACAAGCACCAGCUCAAUCCUGUCCCUGAUGAGAAGAAAUGGCCCCUGGUUCUUGAAGACAAUUUGCAACCACCUACCAUUAUUAGGGCAGUUGGCAGACCUUAACUCAAGAGACGGAAGGAAGACGGUGAAUGCUCUUCAUUCAAACGAAGUGCAAACGUUAGGUGCUCAAAAUGUGAUCAAUGGGGACACAACAAAAGAACUUGCACGACGGUAUCUACCCCAUCCAAGGGACCAAGGACAUAUGAGUCUCAGCCAACAGCCCAUGAUGAUAUUGGGCAAUCAAAUCCAGAUUGAUACAGAUCACUAGAGAUGAAGCAUAUAUUCAGCAGACUUGUUAAAUAUAUUUAACACAUAUUAAUACUUUUGUUGGCGUGGGGAUAAGAUCUUGCAACACAUUUGAUGCAUUGCAGUGAUCGAAAAAGAUGUUGUGCCAUCUUCUACUUAAACUAACUUAUAGUUUGAGCUUUUGCUGUAUUUUGCUGGAAUAUUUUGCUAAAACUGGUUUGCACUUUAGAUGCCAAAGUGUUAUGUCUCUUUUUGUAAAGACUGUUAGUAGAACAUAUCAUCUCAAACAAGGUUCUGCUAAUUACUGUAAUAUGUUCUUGAUUAUGC